UGAAGGCUUGAAGUAAGAAAUAUCUCAUUAAUAACUAUACUCUCGUAUUAGUCGUUGUUAACUUACUAUGUCAAUGUCAUCUGACUGUAUUACAGAAUUUAAGGUCCAAGCCUUACUAAACUUUUAGGUAUAAGUAUGUGGUACCUUACAACGUGAACGUUACCAAUUAUACAUAGGUAGAAUCCUUUGGGAUCCUGCAGGCAAAAGAAUAUCUUUUACAUUUACUAAGACUGUAUCUUAUUACGCUCGCCUUCAGUGCUAGUAUAUUUACAAGUGAUUCUUGACGAAACCAAAAAUGGAUCAACUUCUGAUUCAACUUUUUCCCAUUGCAAUCAAUGUGAUAAUGUCGAUGUUCACAUAUUUUUCAACAGUGAGGCUGAUACCAAAUGUCAAAGAUAUGUUUAUCAAAGCAAACCUGUAUGGUUUUGAUAUGAACAAAACCAGUAAAACAAAAGUUCCGGAAGCUUUGGGUGUCGUUUGUGGGUGCACUUUUUUAGUUACAAUGUUUUUAUUUAUCCCGAUGCCAUUCUUUAACCAUUUCCGAGAAGGUGCUAAGUUUAAUCACAAGGAGUUUUCUGAAUUGUUGGUAGCAAUACUCUCUAUUUGUUGUAUGGUGUUUUUGGGAUUUGCAGACGAUGUAUUUGAUCUGAAGUGGCGAUACAAGUUGCUCCUACCAACAAUUGCUAGUCUGCCACUGCUUAUGGUAUAUUACAUCAGUUCUAACAUGACUGAGAUAACAGUGCCAAAGCCAUUUAGGCCAUUAUUUGGUGACUUUGUAGAUUUGUGGAUAUUUUACUAUGUAUAUAUGGGAAUGUUGGCUGUAUUCUGCACAAAUGCCAUUAACAUAUUAGCAGGAGUCAAUGGCCUGGAAGUCGGUCAAAGUUUAAUUAUUGCAAUGAGCAUACUAGUUUACAAUAUUGUGGAGUUAUCACGUGAUUAUUUAAAAUCCAUGACGUUUUCCCUGGAACUGAAUGAUAAUUUAUGGAGGGCUCACAAAUUUUCCAUGUAUUUCAUCAUUCCCUACAUAGCUACGUCUCUUGCACUUUUGAGGCACAACUGGUACCCAUCGAGAGUUUUUGUGGGCGACACGUUCUGUUACUUUUCCGGAAUGACAUUCGCUGUGGUCGGCAUAAUUGGUCACUUUGGCAAAACAACACUCCUCUUCUUUAUCCCCCAAAUACUCAACUUUCUGUACAGCGUACCCCAGCUCUUUCGUCUCGUUCCCUGUCCAAGGCAUCGGCUUCCAAAAUAUGACCCCGAAACAGAUCAGUUGAAUCCCAGCGUGACGGUUUUCAAAAAAAGUGAAUUGAAUAUUUUAGCAAAAUUCGUCAUGUGGAUAUUUCGAACUUCCAAGCUCGUCGAUUGGAAAGAAGAUGACCGGGGCGUGGUCACUUGUAAUAAUUUAACAAUCAUCAACUUUGUGCUGUUGUAUGCUGGUCCUCUAAGGGAAGAAGCCUUAACUACCAUGUUAAUUCUCAUACAGGUAGCAGGAACAUUACUAGCCUUUGUCAUAAGAUACCCAUUGGCUUCUUUAUUUUACGAUACUUAAAAUGCUUGUAUAAAAAUA